AUGUUUAACGUGAAAAAUCAAGUUAGAAUGAAAUCGUGUACAAGUAUAUGGUUAUGGUUCACAGUUUUGUUGUUUUCAGUUCAAUCUUUGGGAUCUGAGAGGAGUGACGUGGCAUACGUGACUCUAUUGUACGGAGAUGAAUUCUUGUUGGGUGUUCGAGUUCUCGGCAAAUCGAUACGGGACAGUGGAUCCAACAAAGACAUGGUCGUUUUGGUCUCUGAUGGUGUCUCUGAUUAUGCUACUACUAUUCUCAAGGCUGAUGGGUGGAUAAUUGAAAAGAUUAGUUUACUGGCAAAUCCUAAUCAAGUACGUCCAACGAGAUUUUGGGGUGUCUAUACAAAGCUCAAAAUAUUUAACAUGACCGACUACGAGAAAGUUGUUUAUCUUGAUGCUGACACUAUUGUGGUUAAGAAUAUUGAAGAACUCUUCCAAUGUGGAAAAUUCUGUGCUAAUUUGAAGCAUUCUGAGAGGUUGAAUUCUGGAGUCAUGGUGGUGCAGCCAUCUGCAACCGUCUUCAAUGACAUGAUGAGUAAAGUAAACACUCUGCCAUCUUACACUGGAGGGGAUCAGGGAUUUCUCAAUUCAUAUUACUCUGGAUUUGCCAACGCACAUAUUUUUGAGCCAAAUUUGACCCCAGAAAUGUUGGAUAGUAGACCAGUUCCUGAAAUGGAGCGACUUUCCACUCUUUAUAAUGCAGAUGUCGGUCUUUACAUGCUGGCUAACAAGUGGAUGGUAGAUGAGAAUGAACUCCGUGUGAUUCAUUAUACACUUGGUCCUCUUAAACCUUGGGACUGGUGGACAUGUUGGCUUGUGAAACCUGUUGAUGUCUGGCAGAAUAUAAGGGAACACCUGGAGGAAUCCCUUCCUGGAACUAAAGGGGGCCAAAAUCCUAAUGAUUAUUUUCUUGUAAAAUUUCUUUUUCUACUACCAUUUUGUGCUGUGCUGUUCUGCUGCUAUCGCUCAUUUCUAAAGAAUCAGGGGUACUUUGGUUCCUGUUGCAGAAACUCACUAUGUGAUCAUAUCAGACAACUCUAUUAUAGGAUUAAAUCAGGGGGGCCAAUCGUAUAUACUACUAUUUCAACCUCGACUAUCAGUUCCACUCAUCCGUUCAUAAAUGGUGCUCAGAACAAGGUGCCUGCAUAUUUGGGCAGUAUUUCUGUCUGUGUCUGUUUAUUGGCUGCAGUGGGGUCUCUUGGAUUAGCUUUCUUGAUAGUACCUCGGCAAGUGGCUCCAUGGACUGGUUUUCUUUUGAUGUAUGAAUGGAUAUUCACAAUCUUCUUUAUACUAUUUGGGGGUUAUCUCAAUCUGAUCUAUCAUUGGGGAAAGAUUAUGACGCCACAAACACCUUCCUCGUUGUCCCAUCCCGAAUCUUCUGAUGAGGAUUCUGGAAAAGGUCAUCAUCGUCAGAUGUCAUCAUGUGAUGCUGCUACGUGGUUCUAUGGUUUAGGGAUGGCCCUCUUGGCCAUUGCUGCUCCCUGUUUGCCUUUUCUAUUUGGGAUCACUGCAUUGUUUUUACGGUUAGGUUUGAUGGUUGUUGGGGGCGUAGUAUUAGUAUCUUUCCUGACAUACUCUUCGGAACAUCUUGCUAUCAGAUCAUUUCUGAGAGGGUUUGAAGAGAGGGAUGUUGCACGCAAUGCAACCUUCUGUUGA